AUGCAAAUCUUAAGGAAUUUUUCGUUCAAUUUUAAAACAAGCUUGAGAAAAUUUUCAACUUCACAUCAAGCAUUGCAUAUUGUAGGAAACCCUAAUAGCAAAUACCAAUUUCAUCCACUCGUCAACUUAGGAAGAGCAUUGCAACAUUUGCGAGUGUUUCAGUAUUUCUUCAUUCGGGGCACUAGUUGGGAGCUGGUUUUUUUCCAAUCAGUUUGGAAGAUACAAUUUCAAAGCGCGAUGAAGUGUUUCAAGUCCUCAUACAGCGAAAAGAAACCCGAAUCACCAAAAACUCCAACAAAAUCAAUUUCGGUUCAAUCGUUUAGUUCUAUAUUUACAGAUCGUGACAUGAGACAAUCCGGGUCGGAUCUAAAUUCUCAAAACGUCUCCGAUCUUAGCACAGAAUCAAUGGGAAGCACAAAUUUUCCUAGUUUUUCACAAAAGUCAAACAAUCUUCGAGCCUUCACAUUUUCUGAACUCAAAGCAGCCACAAAGAACUUUAGUCGUUCUACCAAGAUUGGUGAGGGAGGAUUCGGGUGUGUCUACAUGGGUGCAAUCAAAAACCCUAAAGACCCCACCAAAAAACUCGAUGUAGCUAUCAAACAGCUAGGAAAAACAGGAUUACAGGGGCAUAAAGAGUGGGUAACUGAGGUGAAUGUUCUUGGAGUGGUUGAGCAUCCGAAUCUUGUGAAAUUAGUUGGUUAUUGUGCGGAAGAUGAUGAAAGAGGGAUACAACGACUUCUGGUUUAUGAAUAUAUGCCGAAUAGAAGUGUAGAGGAUCAUUUAUCUUCGAGGUCUGAAUCACCUCUUUCAUGGACUAUGAGACUGAAAGUGGCCCAAGAUGCUGCUCGUGGCUUGGCUUAUUUACAUGAACAAAUGGACUUUCAGAUUAUUUUUCGAGAUUUCAAAUCUUCCAACAUUCUUCUAGACGAAAAAUGGAACGCCAAGCUUUCGGAUUUUGGAAUGGCUCGAUUAGGUCCUCAAGAAGGAUUCACUCAUGUCUCAACCGCUGUAAUAGGAACAAUGGGAUACGCAGCUCCAGAGUACAUCCAAACAGGACAUCUAAAUUCCAAGAGUGACGUAUGGAGUUACGGGGUGUUCCUAUAUGAACUUAUCACGGGGAGGCGCCCAUUGGAUAAAAACCGGCCCAAGAACGAACAGAAGCUUCUAGAAUGGGUGAAACCGUAUCUAGACUCCAAAAAGUUCCGGAUAAUCAUCGAUUCAAGGCUCGAAGGAAAAUACUCAUUGAAAUCAGCACAAAAGUUGUCAAUUAUAGCCAAUAAAUGUUUGUCUAGAAACUCAAAGGCGAGACCAAAGAUGAGUGAGGUCCUUGAAAUGGUUAACCAACUCAUUGGGGGUCCAUCACAUGCACCUAGCCAUGGACCACCGGUCAAGGGUCUGGACCCAGUGGUUCCUAUCGAACCCAAGAAAGUUUUCGUGGGUCAAAAUACUCCUGAGAAUAUGAAAAAAGACGAAAGAGAGUCUAAGGAUAUUGAACAUACGGAAUCUGGUUGUGUUUCACUAAAGGCGUGCGAUGAGUUGCCUACUGUAGAGGUGAAGGGCUGUUUGGUAAUUGGUAAACAUCAAGAGGUUGUGUAA